AUGAUUGCAGGAAACAUUACACAUACAAAAACUAGAUCUAUCGUCCCGGUAGAGUUGAACGCAUUAAUCUUUUGGAAUGCGAAGAUAUUGAGUGAUUUCUACCGGGAAUUGAAUAAUACCAUCAAAGCUUUGGAGUAUGAAGUCAUUGCUACGGAAUGGAAGGAUGCUGUGAAUGCAGUUUUAUGGAACGAGGAAGUGGGUGCCUGGUUGGACUUUGAUCUGCUGAAUCAAAAAAAACGAAACUAUUUUUACCCAACUAAUAUAUCACCCUUAUGGACGGGGUGUUACGACAGAAAUCGAACAGAUUAUUUUGUGACAAGGAUAUUAAAGUAUUUAAAAGAAAAUGAAGUAUUGACGACUUCUGGGGGAGUACCAACGACUCUCAUGGAAACUGAUCAGCAGUGGGACCAACCUAAUGCAUGGCCCCCACUGCAAUAUAUUAUGGUGAUGUCGUUGCAGAACACGGACAACGAAGAUGCAAAAGUUAUGGCGGCAAAAAUAGCUUCAAAAUGGCUAUGUACGAACUUCGUGGCCUACUAUGGAGACAAAAAGUACAAGAUGUAUGAAAAGGUAAGUCCGAUUUGA